AAAGUGCGGCGCGGGCGGGGCUGGUCACGCGCCUGGCUUCCUGCAGUGCGAACCCUGGAAAUCCAGGCGACUUCGCAGUUGCCGAAGGGACCCGAAGAAGUGAGAUGUGCAAAAGCGCCGGCUGGAAAUCCCGGCUGUGUCUCCGUCAACUCUUUACGCAACAGAGGGCUCCCUCGGCCCUUGGUUUUUACCGGGCCGCCUGCUCCCACUCGGCGAAAAAAAUUCCAGAGCGGCUGCCGUGGCAAUGGCGUGGAGGGCUGCCUCCUCCGCGUGGGAGGCGCUCCUGCUUUUGUGGUGCGCACUGAUGACCGCAGGUGAUCUGAAAGUGGAGAUGAUGGCAAGGGGGAUUCAGAUCACACACCGGAAUGACAAUGUUACCAUAUCCUGCAAAGUCAUUUAUUCCCAACCCCUCAACAUCACUUCUAUGGGUAUCACCUGGUUUCGGAAGAGUCUGACAUUAGACAAAGAAGUCAAGGUCUUUGAAUUUUUUGGAGAUCACCAAGAGGCAUUCCGACCUGGAGCCAUUGUGUCUCUAUGGAGGCUGAAGAGUGGGGACGCCUCACUGCAGCUGCCUGGAGUCCAGCUGGAGGAAGCAGGAGAGUACCGAUGUGAGGUGGUUGUCACCCCUCUGAAGGCACAGGGAACAGUUCAACUUGAAGUUGUGGCUUCCCCAGCCAGCAGAUUGUUUCAGGAUCAAGCGGUGGUGAAAGAGAAUGAAGGCAAAUAUAUGUGUGAGUUAAGUGAGUUCUACCCAAAGGAUAUUAAUAUAACGUGGGAGAAGUGGACCCAGAAGUCUCCCCAUCACGUAGUGAUUUCUGAGGACAUCAUCACUGGUCCCACCAUCAAGAAUAUGGAUGGUACAUUUAACAUCACUAGCUGCUUGAAGCUGAACUCCUCUCAGGAAGACCCUGGGACUGUCUACCAAUGUGUGAUAUGGCAUGAGUCCUUGCAUACUUCCUUGAGGAUCAACUUUACCCUGACUGCUCCUCGGCAGAGUCUUUCUGAACCUGAGAAGACAGAUAUCUUUCCCACUCGUUGGUGGCUUAUUCUAUUAAUUGCUGUUGGAUUGAUUUUAUUAAUUGUUUCGAUUCUUUGGAAAAAGAGACUGUUAAACUCCAAAUGGUGCUGCAGAUGGAACCAUGCAUAGACACGCCAUUCUUCUGGGGACGCUUAGACUAAUCUCAGGAGGAGCCCUAACUGCUGUAACCCCAACGACGCCCCUUCCAGCAGGAAGCAGCCAGGAGUGGUCAUCGUCCACUUUCCCCAACAGCAGUUGGGGUCUCCACUCCUGAAGCAGGAAUGAGAGAGGAGGAAGGAAGAAACCAGUCAGGCAGGCAGUUAGGGUGGGUCCUCGGUAAAAUUCUUCCAAACAAAAGAACAGCUUGAAAAAUCAAACUGCAGGCACAGAUAAGAGAAUUUGUACAGGGAGGCUUGUCUUAGACAUGUCCACAACUGCCUAGGUAAGAAAGACUACCCAGGAGACUUGCCCAGAGAUGCCCACAAUGGAAAAUUCCUUCCCCUGAGACAUGCGCAGUAAGGGGAACAAAGCCACAUGGAGUAACUCAAGCUAAGGGCCUGCAUGCACACUGGGAGAACAGGGUAGAACUACCAUAAAUUCAUGCUUUAUGCAAAUGAGAUGCCCAGCACUCAUCAAUUUCUUACAAAAGCCUCUGCAUUCAAAUGUGAAAUGGCAACACUCUUUUGGGCCCCCUCUUGGCAGUGGGGAGCUUUCUUUUUUCACUUUUUAAACUUUUGCUCCAACCUCACCUUUGGGCUCCAUGCUCCUUAAUUUUCUUGGUUGUGAGACAAAAGAACUUCAGGUGAUACCUUGGGCAAUGAGAGACUGUUACACUGUGGUGCAUUGGUGAGACUGUAAAACUAUCAGUUUAUUGCUGAUAACCCCAACAUCAACAAUGAUGCUUAUGGAAAAAGAAAACAAAUCCUUUAUGAUCAGCUGGAUUCUGUAGUUGUUUGAAAAGAUGACUCCAGUCCUUCACCCUUCCCUGCAUUCAUGUCCAUUGCUGUGUAACUUUGCAGUGCCUCCAACCAUGUGAUGUCUUUCAGCCAACAUAAGGAGACAGCAGUGAAGGUGUGCCAGUUCCCAGUGUAAGCCCCAAGAGGCCUUGUGUGUCUUCAUUUGCUUCCUUGUGUGCUUCUAAUGGUGCUGAGAGAAGGACAGGUCCAGACUAGCCUGCUGGAGGGUGAGAGAUGCUGGCUCCCACAUCCUUGUUGCUCCAGUGGAGGCCAGGCUAGAUUAGAUGACAGCCACCUGACUCCAUGUGAGCAAAUCUGAGAUCAGCAGAGCUGGCAGAGCCAACUCUCAAAUACUUGGAAAAUACUUUUAAUAUGUAAAACAUUUUAAAUAUUAAUUUUUAUUAAUACAUUAAUAUUUAAAAUGUUUUUUAAAGCCACUGUUUUAUACUGGCUUUGUUAACACAGCAUAAGCUAAGUGCUACAACUCCUCAGAAACCUGAGCUUUGACCAAAAGGAGUGCGGUAGCCACAGAGAUGUGCCUCUGAGGCCCCCUUCAAGAGAGAGCCUGUGUGAGGAGUGCAGUCAGCUGACGGGCUCCAGCUGCAGAUCUCAGGGAUCUGCUUCAGUAUUCCAGCUGGUGCCCUGCUCUCCUCAGACUGCUCCUGCCAUUGACUGAGCAAGGCAGGAGCUCUGUGUUGGGAGCUGAUGCUGGAAUACUGAACUACAUCCCAAGAUCUCCAGCUGCUUAUCUCGGGGAUCUGAGGUGGCCACGAUUUUCUCAGAGUUGUAUAUUAGGUGCUAGAAUAACAUCAUUUUGUUUGAUGUCAUUUUGUUAUCACAUUGAUGGAAAAAAAAUCAAUUCCCAACCUGAGCCACUGUCUGUGUGGGGUUUUCAUCAGGUACUCUGGUUUCCUCUCAGAUCCCAGAGAUGAGCACUUUCAGUAAAUUGGGGUGUCUAAAUGGUGCCAGUCUGAGUGAGGGUGUGGGUGUGAGCAUGCCUUACAGCCGGAUGCCAUCCUCUCCAGGGUUGAUGCCCACUUAGUGCUCUGAGCCACUGGCAUAGGCUCUGGCCACCCACAACUCUAAAUUGGAAUCAUUGGGUGAAUAAUUAUUUGUUUUUAGUAAUUUUUUUUUUUCAAGACAAAGUCUCACACUCUGUC